UGGUUUAACAAAGACUUUUUCUAAACACCUUUUGAGUUUGUUUUAAUGCAUUUGACCAAAACGUAUUGAAAAACCCAUUGACUUCAAAAAUGCUAACGUUUUAGGAUUCGUUCCUGCAUCACUCUAUUGGCUGUUCCCGUUUCUCCCAUUCAUUGCAAUAGCAGUGGUCCAUCUCAGCUACACACAGUCUCUGGUUAAGCUCAUUUAAAUUUGUUUUAGACCAUUAGACAUGACAUUACAGUGCCUUGGAAGCCUGCCUGAAACCAGUGUUCUUAGGAGGAACUUUGAUACACAGAAGCAAUGUUUAUUCAUUGAACAACAAGCUGCACAAUCUAGGCCACUUCUGGUUGUCAGAUGUCCAUAGUUAAUAUGGCCAAACUGUACCUGCAGUUACAUGCAAUGACGUUAUUAAUGGUUUAGUGUCCAAAACAUCUGUAGGAAUUGUUUUAUUUCCCCAAAUAUAUUUUCAAAAGAUUUUGUUCCAAGUCAUUUUCAUAGUUAUGAGUAACUCAUAUGACCCUGUGUUUACGUUAUGUGUUUAAUCUUCACAAAGCUGUUUUUUUCUUAUCAGCUCAUUUCUAGUCUAUUUCUAAUGACUGAUGCCCAAACACACCAGCAUCCGCUGCUCAGGCCAGUGUCUCAUUAACCCAAAUUCAUAUCAGCUGCUCAGCACGAGCAGGAAACAUACAUGUGACACACCCAGAUAUGAAACUGAAGUUCAGCAUUUAUCAGUACAGAUAGGCCUACACUAAGCUCCAUGUUAGACUACAUGCUACUGUGUUAUUGUGCAGUAGAGAGUGCCAUGCAGGAAGGAGAGGAGAGGAAGUGAGGCGAUGGGCUGCACCUCAGCCAAGCAGUUGUCAUCUGUACCCAGUGAUGAAGAGGGCCGGGGUAAGGCCUACAGCAAUGGAGAUGCCUUCUCCGAUGAGUACAAACUAAAAGGAGUUGAGAAGGUAAAGUACAUGCAUGGAGAAGAGGAGCGAACGAACACACGAAAUCAAGAGAACUUGGAAAAGAGCACAUUUUUGCACAAGGGCAGGCACAAAGAUGCCACCGGGAAUAGUAAUAAGAUAAGUAUCCACUCUUCAGAGAGCCAGCAGGAGUUCUUCAGGAUGCUGGAUGAGAAGAUUGAAAAGACUACAUACAGUGGAGAGAGCCAUGCUGAGAAUCCUGGAUUUCGCCCCCCCUUUGACAUGGACACUACACACGCUGGACUAGCAGUGGAGAUGAUAUCUCCUAAGGAGGACAUACCUACCAAGAGACUUGCGUGAUUCUGUCCAGCUCAUGCUGUUGAGACACAGUAGGUGAAAGUGUAUGGACAGAAACACAAGGCCAUUUCUAGCAUUCCAAUUGUUUUUUUUAACGAAGUAUUUUUCACCCACAGUGUAUUAUGUAUAUGUAUUUUUGACCUUUUUCUUUGAGUUAUGUUACAACGCUCAGGACAGCAGUGCUGUAUGUAUCAUCACUAGAUUUGUUUGUUAGAUGAGGGCAGUGCAGUUCCUUCAGGGCCGGUCUUGAGGACGUGUUGGGCGGUGGAGAUAGAUCACAGCAUCUAGCCAUGUUUAGAGACACCAGUUACAGCAUCUUAAGGUCAUGUAGUUUUCAAAUACUCAUUUUACUCUAUAUAACAGGUGGAUAUCAUACGUUCGCUUGACAUUUAUAGUCACUAUUCUUGAGUUGAAAACCAGUACAAGUUUCAAAACCAGCCUUCAGAAAGUUUUACAUAGAUACGUUUUUAUUACCAGGAAGUGCUUCUUCCUUUUACAGUAUGACAGUAAUUUGCCAUAGCCUUAAGCACACAGUAUUUUCUUUUGAAAUGAGAUACAACAGUAAGCCAUUAAUUUCUGUAUUUUCACACUAAAGUGAACAGUAUCCCACAUAUAUGCUUAAGUUCUCUAUAUACACAGUUGGGCCAAACUAAAUUGCCAAAAAUGCAAGUGUGAUGCUGAGUGAAAGAAUAAAUAAAUACACAAUGA